AUGCAUCCCCAUGCUACACACUCCUCGUCUGAGUUGUCGAGAGUCAUUGCUGGCUGGCUGCGAGAGGUGUGUGGGGCAGGGCAGGCACUCAUCCAGGUGGAGGUAGAACCAGUGGGACGAUGGUUCCACAUAUAUGAGGCACGGCGUCUGCGGGGCCACCUCACCUCCUCAGUUGGGGAAAGUGAAGAGGAGAGUGAGGAGGAGGAGGCUCAGGAGGUGGAGGUGGACGAUGACAUACACUAUCUUCGCUCUCUCAACCCAGCAGACUGGAAGGACCAGGAUCAUUAUGCAGUACUGGGACUCCGAAAGCACAGGUACAAGGCCUCUGAUGAUGACAUCAAAAGAGCGUACCGCAUGAUGGUUCUGUGGCACCACCCAGACAAGCGGCGAGCAGCUGGGGAGGAGGUGAGGGAUGACGAUGACUACUUCACCUGCAUCACCAAAGCCUAUGAGAUUCUCGGGGACCCCAUCAAGCGACGCUCCUGGGACUCGGUGGACCCAGAGUUUGAUGACGAGGUGCCGGCUGUCAGUGCACACAAUAAGGCAAACUUCUCCCAGAUUUUCACAGGGGUGUUUGAGUGCAAUGCUCGUUGGUCCACCCACAAGCAUGUUCCUGGCUUGGGCAAACCUGAUGACACCAAACAAAAGGUUGAUCGCUUCUAUGGAUUCUGGUACGACUUUGAUUCCUGGCGAGAGUUUUCAUAUCUGGAUGAGGAGGAAAAGGAGAAGGGACAGGACCGGGAGGAGCGUCGAUGGAUAGAGAAGCAGAACAAGGUAGAGCGAGCGAGGCGUCGGAAGGAGGAGAUGGGUCGAUUGCGCAGGCUAGUUGACAAUGCAUAUGCCUGUGACCCAAGGAUAGCCAAAUUUAAAGAAGAAGACAAGGAAAGAAGACUGGCUGAGAAAAAGGCAAAAGCAGAGGCAAUCAGGCAAAAACAAGAAGAGGAGGAGAGGGUAAGGCAGGAAGCUGAGGAAGCAGAGAGAAAGAAAAGAGAAGCAGAGGAGGCAGAGCAAAGAGCAAAACAGGAGGUAGAAAAGAAGGAAAGAGAGGUGCUGAAGAAAGCAUUAAAAAAAGAGAGGAAGAUGCUGCGGACUCUCUGUAAGGACAACAGUUACUUUGCAUCAGAGGAGGGGGAGCGAGUGCAGACCAUGACAGAUGUGGAGCUGCUGUGUGAGGCACUGGAGCUGACCCGCCUGGAGGAACUCAACAAGGAACUAGCACAAGUGGCCCAGGACAAGAUGCAAGGGUGGGAGGUACUCAUGAAGGAGGUGAGUGAGGUGCGCAACAGGAUCAAAAAGGAGAGGGAGGAGGUGGCAGCAGCGGCAGCAAGGGGAGGGGGUGGAGGAGGAGGGGAAGGUUCAUCACUCAAAGUCUGGAAUCAAGAUGACCUCCAGCUGCUCAUCAAAGCCGUCAACCUCUUCCCUGCCGGCACAACAAAGAGGUGGGAAGUUGUGGCAGAGUAUAUCAACCAACACACAGCCACCAGCAUCACCAGGCUGGCCAAGGAGGUGCUCAAUAAGGCCAAGGAGCUGCAACACUCAGACAAGCACAUGAGGGAGGCAGCCAACAAGAAUGCCUACCACAGCAUGGAGAAGGCACAGGCUCGGCAGGUGAUCAGCGACACCACAGCCUCCCAGAGAUAUGACACACCACAGGAGAUGCUGGGGAUGAACACUGCUGCUUGGGGAGCUGAGGAACAGAGGUUGCUGGAGCAAGCCCUCAAGACCUAUCCAGUCUCUACUCCUGACCGCUGGGACCGCAUUGCCAAGUGUGUCCCCAACCGAACUAAGAAAGACUGCAUGAGGCGCUAUAAAGAGCUUGUUGAGAUGGUGAAGGCAAAGAAGGCGGCUCAGGCUGCUGCAGUGGGAAAAAAGUGAGGAGCCAAACCCUGCUGUCUUCUUUCCUUUGUGAGUUCAGAUGUAGCAAAUUCUUGUAGCUGUUGUGUGAAGCAAUCUAUCUCUUGUUCUAUUUUUAAGCAUUAUGUCUCAGCAGUGCCACUUUUGGACUACCUGAAUUGGAGGGGCAGCUACAUAUAUUGAUGGGGACACAAAAGUGUAGCUAGGGAUCUGUUUCUUUCCCCUCCACUUCUCCCUUUCUCUCCUUUAUAACCUCAUCCCCCAACUCUUCCAUCUCUUCCAUCACACUUCACUUCCACUGCUUGCAAUAAGUUGUCAUGCAAAAAGCAAAAUUAACACUUGGAAAAGUAUUUUUAAGUGCUAUGGGAAAACUGCUAAUAUUGAAAAUUAAUGUUGAUAAGUGCAGAAUUCUAUACAUUGCAGAAAGCAGAUGCAAAACAGCAUGUGCUUUUCCUUAUCAUCAUAGUGUAGCUCUGGAGGACAGAAGGGCAAUCUCCAUUAAUAUGGCAGUAGCCACAAGGAAGCCACUUCCUGAAGAAUGAAUGGAUCUGUGGCAGUUGUAUAAAAAAUUACAAGACGUGUGAAAAAGUGUGCGGUGAUUGUGACUAUAAUAAGAAGUAAUAUGCAAUGAUGACCAUGUGAUUGCAUACAAAUGUGUACCUUCUUAAUUUUCUAAAGGAAAACUACAGUCUUAAGUUUGAUUUUAAAGUAACACUAAAUUUACAAGGUGGGUAAGAGUAAAGAUGCCACAUGAAGAGCUGCAGGUAAAUGCUGUGAUUAGUGUAGAUCCUAAUGAAGAGUUACCAUAGAAAAUACACAAACAUCAUUGAGACAAUAGUUGUGACUUAACAUGCUUAUACACAUUCACAGGUCCUUGAUACACAUGAUUCAAGCCUGACACUUGAGGAAUAUUACUUUGUAAGUAAUGGAGGUGCAGCUCAGAGGUGUUUCAGAAUAUAGCUCUCAGUGGCUGAUGCAUGGAAUAAGUUCAUGAUGUGCGAUUCAGUACCUCAAAUAAGUGACUCAGUCUGUGAUAUAAGUAAUAAUGCAAGCUGUUGAAUCAUGGAUGUGCGCCUCAGAAUGUGUGACCUCGUAGCUUUGCCCGGACCAGCAUAGUCAACCCUAACCUAGGCCAACACAGCCAGUAAUAGCUUUGUGAAACACCAAAAUAUAGAUAAUCAUUAUUAUCAUCUGCAGCCACCAUGCUCACCCACCACCUACACAAAA